UUGAAAGAAAGGACACACUUCCAAAGCAUGGACAGGAAACACUGGAUUUUUUGGGAAAAACAAGAGACAAAACGCUGGAGAAUAGACUGUCAGGGGAUUAUGGAUUUUAUGAGGAGAACGGCUGAGCCUAGCACUCCACUGAAUUAAUAUCCGUUAGCAAGGCUGGGAACACGGAAGAUGCAUGCAGUGCGUUCUCGCCCUUUAGUCGCGCGGGCUUUUUUUUUUUUUUUGCAGUGUGAAACGGAGAAAAGCAAGAGCCACCUUAAAACAGAGGGAGGAAAUUAGCAGGCGCCACUUUAAACAGACUGGAGCCGCAGCCGCUGCAACCACUCGCUCCGGCAGAGUCGGAGAAAACCCCGGAAGCAAAAAAGAAGCAAUUUCCUCCAGAGCUAUCUCGCUGUGUUGCUGAUGACCGCCCCAGUUUGUAGGAGAGCUCGCGGUUUCGCAGCAGGGUGAGGCACACGGGAAAAGUGGAGUCUUAGGCGGAGGAACCAUGGGCAGGACGGUGACUGUAGCUACCUGCGCUUUGAAUCAAUGGGCGCUCGAUUUUGAUGGCAACUUGGAAAGGAUUUUGAAAAGCAUUGAAAUUGCUAAAGAUAAAGGAGCAAGAUACCGGCUUGGACCAGAACUUGAAAUUUGUGGUUAUGGCUGCUCAGAUCAUUACUAUGAAUCUGAUACGCUCUUGCAUUCAUUUCAAGUUCUGGCCAAGCUUUUGGAAUCUCCUAUUACUCAAGACAUAAUAUGUGAUGUUGGAAUGCCUGUUAUGCAUAGAAAUGUUCGCUACAAUUGUAGAGUGAUCUUUCUAAACAAGAAUAUUCUUCUGAUACGACCAAAGAUGGCAUUGGCAAAUACUGGAAACUAUCGGGAGAUGCGAUGGUUCACUCCUUGGAACAGAUCACGGCACGUGGAAGACUAUUUCCUUCCCAGGAUGAUACAAGAGAUAACGAUUCAGGAAAGUGUCCCAUUUGGUGAUGCAGUACUGGCAACUUUAGAUACCUGCAUAGGAAGUGAAAUCUGUGAAGAACUGUGGACACCAGUCAGCCCUCACAUUGAAAUGGGAAUUGAUGGAGUGGAGAUCUUCACAAAUUCCUCAGCAAGUCACCAUGUAUUGAGAAAAGCCCAUACACGAGUGGAACUGGUAAAUUUUACAACAAUGAAGAAUGGUGGAAUAUAUCUCUUGGCUAACCAGAAAGGCUGUGAUGGUGAUCGUCUGUACUACGAUGGCUGUGCCAUGAUCUCUAUGAAUGGAGACACUGUUGCUCAAGGACUUCAGUUUUCUCUGGAUGAUGUGGAAGUUUUGGUUGCCACACUGGACUUGGAAGAUGUCAGAAGUUAUAGGGCAGAAAUAUCCUCUCGAAAUUUAGAGGCCAACAAAGUGACUCCCUACCAAAGAAUUAAAGUAAAAUUUGCCCUAUCAUGUUUUGAUGACAUAUGUGCACCUACAAGUGAGCCAGUCCAGUGGAGAUAUCAUAGUCCUGAGGAAGAGAUCAGCCUCGGCCCUGCAUGUUGGCUUUGGGACUACUUAAGGCGCAGUAAACAGGGAGGAUUUUUUAUGCCACUUAGCGGUGGUGUGGACAGUUCUGCUGUAGCCUGCAUUGUGUACUCCAUGUGUCUUCAGGUUUGCUGUGCAGUACAGAAUGGAAAUCAGUGUGUACUGGAUGAUGUGCGCAAAAUAGUAAAUGAUGACGCCUACACACCAACAGACCCUCGGGAAUUUUGUGGACGUGUCUUAACAACUUGUUACAUGGCUAGUGAGAACUCCUCUCAGGAUACAAACAGUAGAGCCAAAUUUUUGGCUGAAGAGAUUGGCAGUUACCAUAUGAAUAUAUACAUAGAUGGAGCAGUGAAAGCUAUUUGGUGCAUUUUCAAUGCCAUUACAGGAAGACUGCCCAAGUAUCAAGUGCACGGAGGAAGUGCCAGGGAAAAUCUGGCCCUACAGAAUGUGCAGGCCAGGAUAAGAAUGGUAUUCACCUACCUGUUUGCACAGCUGUGCCUAUGGAGUCGUGGAAUGCCUGGUGGACUGUUAGUGCUUGGAACAGCUAACGUGGAUGAAAGCCUUUGUGGAUACUUAACAAAGUACGACUCUUCCAGUGCUGAUAUCAACCCCAUAGGUGGAAUUAGCAAGACAGACUUGAAAAGUUUUAUCCAAUAUUGCAUUGAUACUUUUCACCUAAUGACACUCAGAAGUGUUGUGUCUGCACCCCCAACAGCAGAGCUGGAGCCCUUGAAGAAAGGGCAUGUCACUCAAGCAGAUGAGAUAGACAUGGGGAUGACCUAUGAUGAGCUCUCUGUAUAUGGCAAACUAAGAAAAAUAGCCAAGGCUGGACCUUAUACUAUGUUUUGCAAGCUAAUCACAAUCUGGAAAGAGAUUUGUGCUCCAAGAGAGGUGGCGUCAAAGGUUAAGCAUUUCUUCCAAAUGUAUUCUGUCAAUCGACACAAAAUGACUACUCUCACCCCUUCCUAUCACGCUGCAAACUAUAGUCCUGAUGACAACCGAUUUGAUCUAAGACCCUUUCUUUAUAAUACUGCCUGGUCCUGGCAGUUCAGGUGUAUAGAUGAACAGGUUUCUAAACUAGAAUCUAAGGAAGUGAACUCUAAGCUUGAAAAUGCAGCUUGACUCUUCUCUCUCUUGCCGAUAUUAUGAAGAGCAGAAGAAUUCUGGAGGUUGUCAGAAUAAUAACAAUCAUAAUGAUAAUAAUGUUGCAUUUUUUGUAACACCAACAACAGUAAACUAUUCAAACUAAACGCCCUUACCUUUUGUAAUUUUUUUGUUCAUUUUUCAAUUCAAAUGUUAUAAAAAAUGUAACAAGGCAAAUAAGAAAAUCAUUAUGGAGUAGGAAAAUGUUUUGUUUGA